AGGUAUAUCAUGUUUUAGUCAGACUUGUAAUUGUAACAGAGUGUCUUAGAGAUGUAGUGUAAUUUUACAUUGGUUAAGUCUUAACCAUGCGCUUUUAUUUUGAAAGCAAGCCAGGGUUCGUUGCUUUGGAGUCUUUAACGUCCUCUGGCAGUGAAACAGUCACCGUCGUAUUUGCAGAUAUAGCCCAUGUCAACAUUAAGCGACAGCCUAACUAAGCGAAGACAUGGAGACAUUAUACAGCCUUCUUGGCUCAGAGUGGAUAGACGGCAGUAACAUUUUAAUCUUUUUGUUUGUUCUUCUGCUUACGACUGAAGUUUUGAAGAACAGAGUGCCAAAAAACUUUCCUCCCGGACCGAGGGCUCUGCCUUUCAUUGGUGAUCUUCAUCGCAUCAGACCUGAUAGAAUUCAUCUGCAGUUCGCAGAGUUUGCAGAGAAAUAUGGAAACAUAUUCAGCCUUCGAUUCUUUGGUCAAAGAACUGUGAUCAUUAAUGGCUACAAGCUUGUCAAAGAAGCCCUAAUCCAACGAGGAGAAGACUUCAUGGAUCGUCCCAGCCUACCAAUGUUUGAAGAAUUGGUUGGGAAUAAAGGUCUUGUGAUAUCAAAUGGGCAUCGGUGGAAGCAACAGAGGAGAUUUGCUCUUCACACACUCAGAAACUUUGGUCUGGGCAAGAAGACCCUGGAGUCAUCCAUCCAGCAGGAGUGCCAGUAUCUCACAGAGGCUUUUGCAGAUCAGCAAGGAAAACCUUUUAAUACCCAGUCACUGUUAACCAAUGCUGUGUCCAACAUCAUUUGCUGCUUGGUGUUUGGGAAUCGAUUUGAGUACACCGACAAGCAGUUUCAGUCAAUUCUGCAGCUCUUCAAUGAGAUAGUGUACUUGCAGGGAAGCGUGUGGGUACAGAUUUACAACACAUUACCCUGGCUGAUGAGGUGGCUGCCUGGACCUCACCAAAAAAUAUUCACUCUGACCCAAAAGAUAAUUGACUUUGUAGAAGUCAAGAUCAAAGAACACAGAGAAAACCUCAACCCAUCAUCACCAAGAGACUACAUUGAUGCUUUUCUCAUAGAAAUGGGGGAGAAGGAGGAUGAAGACUCUGGUUUUAGUCUCAGCAAUUUGUGUUUUUGCACCCUGGACUUGUUUGGUGCUGGAACUGAAACUACUACAACUACUUUACACUGGGGACUGCUAUACAUGAUCUACUACCCUGACAUUCAAGAGAAAGUCCAGGCUGAGAUCGAUGCUGUGAUUGGUUCAUCCAGACAGCCAUCUAUGACUGACAGAGAAAACAUGCCCUAUACUGAUGCGGUCAUCCAUGAGAUCCAGAGAAUGGGCAACAUCAUUCCCCUCAACGUGGCCCGUGUUACAAACAAGGAUGCAACAGUGGAUAAGUACACAAUCCCAAAGGGUACAAUGGUCAUACCUGUUCUAAAUUCGGUCUUAAAUGACGAGACAAUAUGGGAAACUCCAAAUUCCUUCACCCCUCAACACUUUCUCGACCAGGAUGGUAAAUUCAGGAGGAGAGAGGCCUUUCUUCCUUUUUCUGCAGGCAAGCGAGUGUGUCUCGGGGAACAGCUGGCCAGGAUGGAGUUAUUCCUGUUUUUUACCUCCCUCCUUCAGAGGUUUUCAUUCUCUGCACCUGCUGGAGAGCAGCCCAGUCUGGAGUUCAAGUUAGGAGCCACUCGCAGUCCCAAACCUUACCGCCUCUGUGCCGUGCCACGUUAAACCACCAGUUUUUGUAAUCUGAGCAAAUAUUUUUCACAGCACAAUGAGUCACCUAUGAAUCACUGUCUUCCAUUUAUUACAUUUAUGUUGUAAUGAAUGAUGAUCUGCUAUAUUACUAUUUCUUUAGAUUAAGGUGAAUUGUUAUUUUUCAUCCUCUCCAUAUUAAAAUAUGCAGUAAAUACAUUCUCUUUCAACUUUCUUAAAGUCCUUUCCAGUGCACAUUAAAUUUGUCAGACCUACCAGACUCAAUGUGCUGAAAUAAAUCACACUGUCAUUAUUUGUGUUUAAGGUCACAAUAUAGUUUCAGAAUCAGGUGUGACGGGUGGAGUGCAGUUAGUUUCAGUGCUGUUUGUCAGUUUGAGAAUGUAUGAUGUAAUCUGGAUACUUCAAUUGGGUUUUGUGAAAAUAAAAUUUCAAAAAACACUUUACUCUUUAUUUAAA